CUCCAGUUCCGCUUUUCAAGACGGGGCUGGGAUUUACAGGAUCAAAAAGUGGUCAGGAUCUGAAAGAGGAAUGUUAGUCAGGGGCUCUGACUGCCCUGGCCAUGCAGCAUCUGCCCCUGGUGUGUGACAGGAGGAGCUGUGUGGAGAGCAAGGGCACAGGCACCUGCUCACCCUCCUCCAGGGACACAGUGCCACAAAUGCCACAAAAAAAGCAUGUGCUGGUCACCCCAAAAAAAUCCCCUCUGUACAUGGAGGAAAACCCCACAGGUUUUGGCAGGAAAGUCUCUCUGUGUUGCAGAAGACGAUUCUGGGAUCCAGCAGUGGGAACUGGGACAGGGCAAUGAGGGACUGGGGAGUGCAGCAAGGAGCCCCCAGUGCCCCAUCACCCAUCCCAGUGGGGACUGGGUGCUGCCAGGCUGGCAGGGCUGGGCCCACCACCAAGUCCCCCCUGGCCUGGGGCCACUUUUCCCUCCCUUUGUGGGCUCUGGCUGGGCACAGGGGGGACCAAGUUCGUCCCAAACCACAAUUGCUGCCUCUGCUGGCAGCUCCGGCCACAGUGGAUGUGCUGUAAAUAACCCAUGAGGCCAUUCCCCCCCCUUUGCCAGGGCCACAGGACCCUAUAAAGACACCCAGGGAGCCAGGGCUGCACUCAGCCCAGCACAGGAAGGCACCAUGAAGUCCCUCACCGUGCUGACCCUCUUGGCCCUGCUCACCUUUGGCCUCUGCCGCAGAGCUGCCGAUGGCUCCAGCAGCACCAAUGACUCGCCCAGCUCUGAAGCUUUUGUCUCCAGACGCGCCAGCGCCGAGGUGGUGCAGAGGCAGAAGCGGAAUUACGGCUAUGGCAGCAGCGUUUACGGAGCCCCGCCGGACCCGCUGGAGGCCAAGCGCGAGGUGUGCGAGCUCAACCCCGACUGUGACGAGCUGGCUGAUCAGAUCGGCUUCCAGGAGGCUUAUCGGCGCUACUACGGCCUCGUGUAGCCCCAGCCACCCCCUCCUGUGUUGUGGGGCAGGGACUGAGCUCCCAUAAACCCACAUCAGCCCCCCUCCCCUGCACCUUC